UUUUUUUUUGCUCUGGUGACAGCAAGUUCAGGCAGGGUGUGUGACGGAGGAGAUAUGAGAAGAGUUCCCAAAGCAACAGGCACUCAGAACACAUAGAGAAGAUCACCCAGGAACACAGAGACACGGCAGCUUUAAACACAUAAAAACAACAGAGAGAUAUAUUGCAUCGCAAAGGAGAAGAGAAGGAGAGAAUAAAAAAAGAAAAGAUGGCGAUCGGAAAGAGUCCCAGAAACGGUUCCGUCAGGUCUCCAAAGUACCUGGACAAGAGUUCUGGGUUCUACGGUCGCCUGGAUGAGCCCGAGAUGGGAGGAGAGGAGGAGGUGCGGGGGAGAGAGGGGGACUGGGGGGGAUCGUGCCCAGCCACAGAGCUCUCUACGGGGGGAGAGACGGACCGGGGAGAGCCUGGGGUGUUUGACUUCAACGAGGGAAUGAUGGAAGAUGACGACACCACUCUCCUCCGAAGGAAACCCAGCCGGCUCAGCUCCCGCUGGAGAAGAAGCUCCAGGAAGGCCAAACCCCAGGCGAUCUCCCCCAGGGAGGAGGGCCCGAUCCUGGGUACGGAGAUGGAGACGCAGACCCCUGUCCUGGAGGUGGAGGUGAGGGUAGAGACUGAAGAAGGACAGAGGGAGAAAGAGAGAACAGAAGAGGAGAGGACGCUGGUCCACUUUGCGAGCAGAGAUGAAGCGGAUGACCAGGUUCUGGUAAAGGACAAUAAGAGAGGGAGGGAAGAAGAGAAGGAGGAGGAGAUGAAGGUGAUGAGGAAGAGGAGCACGCUGAAGAACUACCGCAAGACUUUCGACCGAGCGUUCCGACGAGGGUGGGAGACCUUCGUCACUAACCUGUACAGCGUGACGCUCACACCUGACUCAUCAUCAUCAUCAUCACCCCCAUCAAGGGAGAUGCACCAUUCCUCAGCAUUAGCAGAAUACAGAUAGGAUUCACAAACCUGUUCAUCUAAUCUGUAAACUGCAAUUGUUCCAAUCAGGUUAUGUAACGCCCAUAUUGUAAUUUGAGAUUGAGGCUGGCUUGGAGAGCGUUCCGUUUGUGUUCUCAACGCAAAUGACCUGUGUUCACCUCAAUGUAUGGUUCAGUUGAUUAAUCAAUCAGUGAAAUCAGUGAUAUUGAUCUAGUACAUGCACGGGUUUAUCAAUGAUCAAUAUGAACAGCACCCGAUUAACACCAGGAAGUACACAAAGUUUAACUCAUUCUUAUUCUGAAUUCCAAAAUAGCACACUAUUGUACUAGUGCACUAAAUAGGGAAUGGGUUUAAUACUUCCUCACAGGGUGAAGUUCAUACCUCUCUGGAGGACCGUCUGCAGGGUGGUUUCAGUGUUGUGCAACCUGAGGGAGACAUAUGUUUCACUAUCCAUGUGCCUAAUGAACGUAGCCCAAGAUGAGACCUGAUAACGUAUGUUUCACUAUCCAUGUGCCUAAUGAAUGUAGCCCAAGAUGAGACCUGAUAACGUGUUUCACUAUCCAUGUGCCUAAUGAACGUAGCCCAAGAUGAGACCUGAUAACGUGUUUCACUAUCCAUGUACUUAAUGAACGUAGCCCAAGAUGAGACCUGAUAACGUAUGUUUCACUAUCCAUGUACUUAAUGAACGUACCCCAAGAUGAGACCUGAUAACGUGUUUCACUAUCCAUGUACUUAAUGAACGUAGCCCAAGAUGAGACCUGAUAACGUAUUUCACUAUCCAUGUGCCUAAUGAACGUAGCCCAAGAUGAGACCUGAUAACGUAUUUCACUAUCCAUGUGCCUAAUGAACGUAGCCCAAGAUGAGACCUGAUAACGUGUUUCACUAUCCAUGUACUUAAUGAACGUAGCCCAAGAUGAGACCUGAUAACGUAUUUCACUAUCCAUGUGCCUAAUGAAUGUACCCCAAGUGUGUUAUGUUUGUUUCAUAAAAGGAGAACGUUUUCAUACCAUGAAAUUAACUAACUAUGGGGGACAUGAGGGUAGGAAAAAAACGGUCUCAAACUUUGGUCCUCUGACUUUGUCUAAAAGGAGGUUGCACACAACACACAUUUAAUACACUAUUUAUUCAUGUCCAUUUAUUUACUAUAUGAUCAGUUUUCACACUUUUCUGUGUAAUCUCUCUCAAUAAUAUCUUACCAAAGAGUUUAUUUAUUUUUAAUUAUUGGCUUAAAUCACAACAUAACAUCUCUCUCUUGCAGCAUUGAAGUCAAGCUCAGAAUUAUAUGAGAGCUAUACUGAGCUGCUGAAGAAUUUAUUUUCUUCUGUGUUGCACUUGAAUGACUAAAUUGUUAUAUUUAGUUUAGUUUAAAAAUCUAUGCUUUGUAUUACUUGUGCCAUCUUUGUAGCCUUUGUCCUUAAAUAAAAUAUAAUUUCUCAAA